GCGAGCGCUUUUCACAUACCAACCGGGAGAGAGAGGAGAGCGAGCGCACGGCAGUGCCAACCAUGGUCAGCGCUUUGAGAGAACACUGUGGAAUCAACCGGGAGGGACAACAUCAAAACAUGGAAUGCGACCCAGCAACAUUGUAUCUUUCCUGUCUGCCUGAAGUUAUUUUUCUCCUCGACCACUGAAGAAGAGGAGGAGGGUUAUCGUUUACGAAUUGGAUUCCAGAACACCCUCUCAUCCUCUCUUCCUCUCUCUCUCUCUUUCUCUCUGUCUUUCUUCGGGUCUCCCUAUCUUCGCAUUGAAAAGUCACAGAGUGGAAAGGAUAUUUUGGUUUAUUGGAAUUAUAGUUGUUCUGAAAAUAAUUUUCUGGGAACAUCGUAUUGGAUGAGAACCUGUGAGCAUCAUGAGUACCAGUGCCUAUCAGCAGGCCUCUUUGGGCGGUGAGCGGAGCACUGGACCAAUCCGGUGCCAGCGUUGUCGGGAGGCGUGUAAGGGAGAGGUGGUGCGCGUUCAGGACACACACUUCCAUGUCAAGUGUUUCACCUGCACAGUGUGUGGGUGUGACCUGGCUAGAUCUGGGUUCUAUCAGAAGAGUGGUGAGUACAUCUGUACGUCAGACUACCAGCGUCUGUACGGGACGCGUUGUGACCGCUGUGACGGAUUCAUCACCGGGGAGGUGGUCUCUGCUCUGGGGAGGACCUACCACCCUACCUGCUUCGUCUGCAGUGUCUGCAGGAAGCCGUUCCCUAUCGGAGACAGAGUGACGUUCAGUGGGAAGGAUUGUGUGUGUCAGCAGUGUUCUCACACACUUGUCACCUCCAACGAACCAAUCAAGAUCCAUGGACCCAGCCACUGUUCCGGGUGUGGAGAGGAUAUAAAACAGGGACAGUCUCUGCUGGCAUUGGAGAAACAGUGGCAUGUCAGCUGCUUCAAGUGUCAAACCUGCAACAUGGUCCUCACUGGGGAAUACAUCAGCAAGGACAAUGUGCCGUACUGUGAGUCUGAUUACCACGCCCAGUUUGGGAUUAAGUGUGAGACGUGCAGCAGAUACAUCAGUGGACGGGUACUGGAGGCAGGGGGGAAACACUACCACCCUACAUGUGCACGCUGUGCCCGCUGUCACAUGAUGUUCACAGAGGGAGAAGAAAUGUACCUGCAUGGUGGUGAGGUGUGGCACCCUUUGUGUAAGCAAGCAGCCAGAUCAGAGAGAAGAAUCAGGCACAGACGUCUGUCAGAGACCUCCAUCUCUCCACCGGGCUCGUCAAUUGGCUCUCCCAGUCGUGUCAUCUGUGCCAGGGUGGAGAAUGUGAUGCCAGACUAUAAGGACUUUGCCGCACUGCCUAAGGUCAAGGCCAUAUAUGAGGUCCAGCCACCUGACCUCAUAUCAUCCUACCAGCAACAGAAUCAUCCUAAUAUAUCAUCCUACCAGCCACAUAAUCAUCCUACCAUAUCAUCCUACCAGCUACAGAAUCAUCCUACCAUAUCAUCCUACCAGCAACAUAAUCAUCCUACCAUAUCAUCCUACCAGCCACAGAAUCAUCCUACCAUAUCAUCCUACCAGCCACAGAAUCAUCCUACCAUAUCAUCCUACCAGCAACAUAAUCAUCCUACCAUAUCAUCCUCCCAGCCCUACCCCAGAUACUCCUCAGAUGACAUAGAGACCUUCAGCUAUGGAGAGUCACUUGGGACUCUCUGUUCUCAGAAGCUAUAUGACAGUGUAGACAUGAGACAGAGACAGUGUUCCAGCCCCGGCUACAUGGACUCUCCCUUCUUCAGCCGUCAAGCCAUGUCUCCCAUCACGCCUUGCUCACCGCAGCACUAUGGACACCCCGUGCUGGCUGCAGGUUCUGAGAGUGGCAGGAGCUCGCCCUAUUACGGCUCGCUCGAGGGACGGCCUAGUUCUUCUACCACAUACCACGCCCCCAAGCAUUUCCAUAUGCCAGACAAUCUCCCAGCCACCAAAAGCAGGACCAGCGAAGAUCUAAUCACAUCCUCCAGACUGUCUACCUACUCUCCAGAACACUACACACAGUCAGAGUCUGACUCCUACCCCUAUCCCAGAUCCCCUAAAGAACCCUACACACAGUCAGAGUCUGACUCCUACCCCUAUCCCAGCUCCCCUAAGGUAUAA